CCCCUCCCCUCUCCUCCUUCUUGUCCUCCUCCUUCUCCUCCUCCUCCUUCUCCUCCUCCACCUCCUCCUCCUCCUUCUUCUCCUCCUCCUCCUCUCAGGCUGUGGUUUUUCUGUAUAUGUUUCUGGAGUCCUGAGCCUGGGCUAAACAAAAGCAGGAGGCUGACGGGGCUGCUGGAGUUUGCAGAGACACAGAGGAGGAGAGAGCUUGGGCUUUGCCUGCCGCCACGGCUGGGGGAGAUCUGGCUUCUGCUUCAGCCCACCCCCUUUGAGAUCACUCUGGCCCGGAGUGGGGGUGGGGGGCAGCAGGGGGUGGGGGGGAAAGUUUGCAUUGCAAUCCCCCUGCCUUCCUCUCCUUUCUCCCGAUCAAUGCAUAUUUGCAAAAGGAUUAAGCCACAGAUUUAAGCGCCGGGAGCCCAUUUCUGCCUUGCAAAGGAGAUCGGACUGAAAAACCCAAAGGCAGCUCUGAUUUCUUUUCGCCAAGUGGGAAGGUGGUUUAUUUUUCUUGCUUUUUUGGAGUCAACACCCUUCCCCACCAGCCCUUAUCCCCACCCUCACCCCGCAACCCCUUCACGCCCCCCUCCCCCUCCCCAUCCUCCCACCAUCCUCUAAAGAGGCAAAGAGAUUUUUUUUUUCCCUUUUGGUCUUCUUCUUCUUCUUUUUUUUUUUUUUAAACCCUGGUCCCUGUUUAUCCUGAAAAGGAUUUGAAGACAGCUUGAAGGAUAAAAAGCCUCGGUGCUUCCCAGGCGCCGAGCCGAGGAGCCGAAGAGGAAGAGCCGGGGCUGCCGGAGCCUUCGGAGAUGGACGAGCAGCCGAGGCUGAUGCAUUCCCACGCUGGGGUCGGGAUGGCCGGACACCCCGGCCUGUCCCAGCACUUGCAGGAUGGGGCCGGAGGGACCGAGGGGGAGGGCGGGAGGAAGCAGGACAUCGGGGACAUUUUACAGCAAAUUAUGACCAUCACAGACCAGAGUUUGGAUGAAGCGCAGGCCAGAAAACAUGCUUUAAACUGCCACAGAAUGAAGCCCGCCUUGUUUAAUGUGUUGUGUGAAAUCAAAGAAAAAACAGUUUUGAGUAUUCGGGGAGCCCAGGAAGAGGAGCCCACAGACCCCCAACUGAUGCGACUGGACAACAUGCUGCUAGCAGAGGGGGUGGCGGGGCCAGAGAAGGGCGGAGGCUCAGCAGCAGCGGCGGCGGCAGCAGCAGCUUCUGGGGGCGCAGGUUCAGACAACUCAGUGGAGCAUUCCGAUUACAGAGCCAAACUCUCACAGAUCAGACAAAUCUACCACACAGAGCUGGAGAAGUACGAGCAGGCCUGCAAUGAAUUCACCACCCACGUGAUGAACCUCCUUCGAGAGCAGAGCCGGACCAGGCCCAUCUCCCCGAAGGAGAUCGAGCGGAUGGUUAGCAUCAUCCACCGCAAGUUCAGCUCCAUCCAGAUGCAGCUCAAGCAGAGCACGUGCGAGGCCGUCAUGAUCCUGCGCUCCCGGUUUCUCGAUGCGAGGCGGAAGAGACGGAAUUUCAACAAGCAAGCCACAGAAAUUCUGAAUGAAUAUUUCUAUUCCCAUCUCAGCAACCCUUACCCCAGUGAGGAAGCCAAAGAGGAGCUAGCCAAGAAGUGUGGCAUCACAGUCUCCCAGGUAUCAAACUGGUUUGGAAAUAAGCGAAUCCGGUACAAGAAGAACAUAGGUAAAUUUCAAGAGGAAGCCAAUAUUUAUGCUGCCAAAACAGCUGUCACUGCCACCAAUGUGUCAGCUCAUGGAAGCCAAGCUAACUCGCCCUCCACUCCCAACUCAGCGGGUUCUUCCAGUUCUUUUAACAUGUCAAACUCUGGAGAUUUGUUCAUGAGCGUGCAGUCACUCAAUGGGGAUUCUUACCAAGGGGCCCAGGUUGGAGCCAACGUGCAAUCACAGGUGGAUACCCUUCGCCAUGUUAUCAGCCAGACAGGAGGAUACAGUGACGGACUCGCAGCCAGUCAGAUGUACAGUCCGCAGGGCAUCAGUGCUAAUGGAGGUUGGCAGGAUGCUACUACCCCUUCAUCAGUGACCUCCCCUACAGAAGGCCCUGGCAGUGUUCACUCUGACACCUCCAACUGAUCUCCCAGCGAUCGCAUCCCGGCUGACCCUGUGCCGCAGUUGGGGCAGGGGCAGGAGGGAGGGUCUCUCUCCCAACGCUGAAGCGGUCAGACUGGAGGUCGAAGCAAUCAGCAAACACAAUAAGAGUCUCCUUCUCUUCUCUUCUUUGGGAUGCUAUGUCAGCCAAUCUGGACACUUCUUUAUACUCUCUUCCCUUUUUUUCUGGGUAGAAGCCACCCUCCCCUGCCCCCUGCUGUCAGACUGAUUUCUGUCAUCUUCCCUGGCCCCUGUUCUCUGUUCUAGAUGCCCCGAGUUCCUGCCCUCUAUUAUAUCACUGAAGGAUAUUUUCCACAAUUAGAGGAAUUUAAAAAGGAAAAGCAAAUUACAAAGAAAACAAUAAACGUAUUUGUAUGUUUUCAUGCUGGUGGUUUGAGGAGCCAAAUUUACCUCACUCGGAGCCCUCAUCCCUAUGCUGACAGGCAAUCCUUCUGUCUCUCUUGUUACUCUCACUACCUCUUAGCAGGAAUACACCACACUGCCCUACUCAUUCCAGGCCACUCUUUCCAUUUCCCCCUCCUUUCUGGGAACAACACUCAUUUCUUCCUCUUCUUUCUGGCCCCCGGUGUUUGUUGGGGACUGCCAUAACUGGGCUUCUCAAGGUGCCACAUUUCCCCGGGGAACUCUAUCAGGCUGAGCCCCAAGCAGGAAGCCAGGCGGGGGAGGCCGCAAGGAACAGCAAGGGCAGGAUUCCUACCAGCUCUCUCAUCCAAUUAGAGACAGCUCUUGGUCUCAGAGGCAGUCUGUGGAGACCAUUCAGCCAUUCAGUGUUCGGGAACCUCAUGCAAGCCAGGUCUGAGGGAGGCAUCCUGAUGAGUGUGUCUGUAAAGAGUGAAGGCAUCUCAUCCUGAAAGGUUUCACUGUCCCUCCAUAGACGUGCACGCACAUUCAUAACACACAGGUGGGCACACACUCACAACCUCACAGCCUUGCUUGGAAGGGUGCUACUAGCCCUUCAUCACCCUUCCCAACAGAAGACCCUGGCAGCGUUCACUCUGAAACCUCCCUAAUGAUCUCCCAGCAAUAGCCUCCUGUGCAGACUUACACAUUAGCAAUCAUCCCGCUCUACCUGGUGAGCCUGAGAGAGAAGCAAUGUGUGCCUGGGGCUUCUAGGACCCACCAACACGUACUGGCCACAGUAGAAUGCACGGGACUUCAUGGGUGGGUGUGCAGGUCAGAUUUCAAGUAUAAGCUGUCUUCAUCCCUGCCACCGCUGGAGUGCUCAGGGAGCCAUACACAGGAAUUCCAAUGUGUAUGGAUCCUGGCUUCUUUCUCUGGAGAAGAGAGUGGGAUAGGUGUGUGGUUAAUUUUUACUAAUUAAUUCAAAGAAUCAUAGAAGACAUAAGAAUCAUAGGGUGAUAGUUUUUGUUGGCGAUUGUUGAAAUGAUCACUGUGAUCAAUGCACCGUGGGGGUUGACAGGAGAUAACAUUUGCUGGAAAGGUAGUCUAGCUUUGGAGUUGAGCUCCAGUCAGCUCUGCCAGACAUAACGAGGGCAGCUCUGCCAGUGGUUUAAGUGGUAUGUGGUCAGAUGUCUUUGGGGCCUCCUGCACUUCAUCUGUAAAAUGGGAAUGGUGCUUGGCUCGCCAAGGGGCUUGUAAGAGCCCCAAGAAACUGGCUCUGUUUAUAUGUAACCUCCAAGUCUGAUGGUCAGGGAAAGCAAUGUGCCUUUGAUGAACAUUCCAUGCUAGGUCAGAACAGUACAUGGUUUUCUUGUUCCAGUGUUUGCUUGUUAUCAGUACCUUAAUGUCAUCACCACAGUGAUGGAGCGCUGUUCAAGGAGCUUCCUGCUCUGAUUUGGUUUUGGUCUGUUUGUCUUCUUGGGAUAGAGAAGAGAUUCUAAACUACAGGAGUAGAACCUGGUUUUAUUAGUUUCUACUUGAAUCCAAUAUGUGGCCUUGAAAGGCCUUGUCCCAAUCACAGCUACUUCAGGGACUUCCAGGCAAAAAGUACAAGAGCUCAAGGGCUUAGAAACCAGCCCACAGGGUCAUACACAUUCCACAUGGCAUUGAGUAAUGCACACGUUCUUCAUGUGUGUUAGGAGGAGUAGGACAUGCAAGCUGGGAAAUCUGAGAUGAGUAUUUGAAGAUGAUGCUGCGGAAAGUAAUUAUCUGGCAAAUGGAAAUAUAUCUAGCUGACCCAGGUCAGGUCACUAGAAAGACGAUCCACUAACCUGUACCAUGCUCAGAAUAGGGUGUCUAGAAGGGACAACAUCACAAGACUGUAGAGUAACGAGAGCCAGUGGUCUUUGUUUUUGUGGCAGGAAUGUAGCAAAACUACUGGUAGAGACAUGGUUGGAUCACAUCGUUUAACAUGGAGCAAAAGUGUAAGAGUUACUGAAAGGUUCUCCUAGAAACAAGUGACUCCAGAUCUGGACUGAACACAAGGGGAUGAGUGGAGCAUGCCAAAGCGGCGCUGCUCUCACACAGGCUGCUUCUCUCCAGGCAGUAGUUGCACUGAGAUUCCCACCCAGCACCUCACUUCACCUUUAGGUCCAACACUGAGCCUGUAGCCUGUCUCCGGGCCCACUGUCACCCUCCAACAGGGCAGCCACCAGAACUCUGUGGCCAAGCAAGGCUAGGAAAAGCUGGCAGCCUCCGGCUAGGAGUGGAAAGAGCACGCCUCUAGAAACUCAGCUCCCUAGGAAUUCCUGUCAGCUAAAUCCCUCAGAGCCCCUAAAAAAUGUGCCCCAGGAUUUCUUCAUGGUCUCCCAUACAAGGGGGAGUGCUCCAUUUUCCACAACAGCAGUUUUCUCUGAGAAAUGGUAGCAGACCUUGGGUUUGCCACUGUGUACACUUUUGAUCGCCCCCUCCUCCUCCUCCUGUUCCUGCUGGAGAAUGGGCUCCUGGGUACCAGUUGAGCCCACUGGCACCUUCUUUCUACUUCUUUCCCUAUGGUAGUGGUACUGUAUUAUUAUUGUUAUUUUGGUUGCCUUUUUUCACACCUAUCUUCACCUCUUUCUUCCUCCUUUUUGAUUUUUCUGCCCAGAAAAACCUGACUUCGAUACCAAAAAAAGAUGAAACUACAGAAACUCAAAUUUAAAAAGAAAAAAACUUAGAAAAAAAAGCAAAAAAAAAAAACCUCAACAAGUCUUUCAGCUUUAUUAACAUUUUUCCAUUGUUUCUUGCGACUUGUGUCUCGUUCUUUGUAGUACCUGAUGAUGAACAUUUGAUAAUGAAUGUUCUUGUAUAUUCAGAUAAAGAAAAAAAAACCAAAAAAGCGGUCUGAAUUUAAUAGUGUUUAUAAUAAAAAAAAAUUUUAAAAAUGACCCUCAUAGCACGCAAAACAGGAAGGGGAAGUGUCCCUCCUCUCUGUGACAAUACACAUCAUUCCUGCAUUAGUUUUUAACACCAAACUACCUAUGUUCCUCAUUUCCUCCAUUUUUCUUUUUUAUUUUCUUGCAUUUGUGAAUUAGUUCAAGAAUGCUAGAAAAGUGUCAAGUUGUGUAUAUCCAUUUCUUCUUUCACAAUGUUUAAAAGUGACCGUAAUUCAUUUUGUAAACUAAAAAAAGAAAAAGGAAAAAAAAAAAAGAAAAAAAUAAUGUUGGAAUAGUGAACAUAAUAGCUACAACCUAACACAUCAUGUUUAUUAAUUUUGAGACCCAGAAAAAUAAAUUCUUUUCUUUUCUUUACUCCUGCUCUUAAAAGUACAAAAAGAGAAGGAGGUUUGUUUUUGUGUUACUUUUGGUUUUUUGUUUCUUUGAGGGGAGGGAGUACUUAUUUUCACUGUCAGGUUUGUGGGUCUUGCCAGUUUUCUUUCUUAAAUAUGUAUACGAGGUGAUGUGAAAAGGGGUCGCUGGUCGAAGAGGCUGCCUCCUUGUUCUGCUUUCUUUCAGUCGAUGUCAAAAGCAAUGAUAAAACCCAUGCCCGCAUGCUCCUGCUCUCUUGCAUGCCCAGGGUGUGUGGCAGUCCUUGUAGCCCCUGUGAUAAUGACUUGCUUCAAUAAGACCUCACUGAGUCUGUCCAGGGGAUGCUGGAAGGAAAGGCUUUUGCCUUUGUUGAUUCUGAAUGUCCCAAUCAAGGGCUUCCUUUUUCCCGAAUUAACAUCAACAGUGCACAAGAAUGCUUCCAACAAGACUAGAGCUUUCUCACAGCAGAACUCCACAGGCGGUGCUGCCAUGAUAGGCACCGUUACCAUGUGGAAUAGAUCAAAGAAGCAGUCCCUGGGUCCACCUGCUUGGGAUCCAGGGUCCCUCUUGGUUUAUUCACUGCCGGUGCAUUGGUUGGCUCUUUAAAUCACAAAGCAGGCUUCAUUGGAAAGCUCAUAUUCUAUUCGUUAUAGGGGAAAAAGAAAGCCAUAUUGUUGGACAGACAUUCAGUUUUGGACAUCGCUCAUUCAAACACUCAGAUGUUCAGAAAGCAGACGGACUUCCAGUCAAAUACAUGAAGAAGAAAAAAAAUGAGUUGUGGAACUAUGCUGUAGGAAGCAUUUCCACCUGGAGACAGCUAAGCUCUUGUUUCUAUGUCAUGAGAGGCAGAAGGCAACCUUUUCACCUCACCUUUGUGGCUUCCAGCCUAGCUCAAAGCUUGCUGGAAACUUAUUUUAUUUUAUUUGUAAACUUUUUUUUUCCUUUUCUUAAAAUAAAUAAAACAUUGAAUGUUUUCCCCUCUUUCUCUCUAUUACUUCUUCCCUUUGGGGGUUUCAUUUUGAAGUGUUUUCCUUUGGUUGUUGGUUUUUCCCCUCCCCCCUUUCCCCUUAUUAUUGAGAGUAUAAACCUGCAAAGCUCGGCUCUACUUUGGUUUUGAAAGUUUAAGCUUUUCUGCUUCUGUGAGAGCACAGGCUUCUGUCCCCUUCGAUUCCAGCUGAACUUUUGUGUUCUCUAAUGAUACUAACAUGAUGUAGGUUUUACAGUCUCCUAAUUUGUACUGGUAAUGCAGAUUCCAAAUAAAUAGUUUCUUUUGUUGCAAAAAUA